UCAUGAUUGACAGGAAGAGAGACUGAAGCAGUUUCAGUAGGAAAAAUUUUUCGCGUAAAGACGAUCAAUUUAUUCGUUGAUUCUGUGUAAAAUUCUCAAGAUUCAGCAGUAAUUUGAAGAAAGUGAAUGUUUUCGGGAUUCGGUAUUCUCGGAUAAAGUGUUCUGCCGGGGGGAAAUCGUUUGCUAGCGCGUGAAAUAUAGUUAAAUCCGUGUAUCGCAAUGUGAUGAAUCAAGAAAAUCGAAGAAACUAAACGAGCCAGGAUAGAAGGGCAAAAUUUGCACUCCUUGCUGGAAAAAUAAUCGAUAAUUUUACUGUGUGACCUAUUAGCACAUCUAGAGAGGCUAAUUCAAGGAAUAAUCCGAGUGAAAAAUUGUAAAAUCGGAUUGUUGCGCUUCGAAAACUAGAAGAUAGAAAUCCGGUGAUCAGCAAACCGAAGCGAAGAAAGUGAAACCAAAGGAAAACACCCACUUUGGCUUUGUGCAGAUCAAGCGAAGAGUGAAAUCGUUAUUUCAUACAUUUUGAUAACAAGUGCCGUCUUAUCGAGUUUCGAAGCAGCAGAAGAGUGAGUGGGCAGGAAGCAGCAAGAAAACAAGAGCCAAAGAAGCAGAAGGCACUAUGAAUGCGGCGGAUCCCUUCGUGAUUACGUCCCGCGAAAGGGCCAAGUAUGGGGAGCAGUUCAAGUCACUUCAGCCGGUCAAUGGAGUGGUGACCGGGGCGCAGGCCAAGGGCUUCUUCUUGCAGAGCCAGCUGCCGCCGUUGAUCCUGGGACAGAUUUGGGCUCUAGCCGAUACGGAUUCAGAUGGAAAGAUGACAUUGGGAGAGUUCAGCAUCGCUUGCAAGUUGAUCAACUUAAAAUUGCGAGGUUUCGAGAUACCGAAAACUCUCCCACCAACAUUGAUAGCUUCCUUGACUGCGGUGGGAGGCACUCCGACUCUGACGCCAACCUCCGGCCUUAGCCCUCUGGAUCCAUUGAAAUCUCUCUCGAACUCAAUCCAACCAAACAUGCCGCCAGCAGUUCAACCCCAGCCGGCUAUGGUCCCUCACGCCGUUCCGCAUGCCAUCGUUCCCCCUAUGAUGAACAACCAAAUGCCCGGCAUGGUUCAACAACCGUUAAUGUCCGGUGUUCCCGCUAAACCCGCCAUACCACCACAGCCAUUGAUAGCUGCCGCUCAACCCCCAUUGAUUCCAAUGCAACCAAUGAUGCCACAAAGUGGAUCCAUGCCACCCAUGGCAGGAUCUAUUCCACCUAUGAUGCCACCACAACCACAGCAACCGCUUAUCGCUGGUCUCGGAGGAAUGCCAGCUUACCAAUCGGCUCCUGCUCCGGCAGCUGGCGUUGGUAUCGUAAAGCCGUUGAUCGAUCCAAUUGGAGGCAUGACCAGUCCUCCGUUAGUACCCGGAAUCCAACCGGUCAUGCCAAUGCAAUCGGCCAUGGGUGGUAUCCCUGCUACGGCCGGUGUGAUUCCUCAGUCAGUUCCUGCUGCCGUUCCUGCUCCGCCUACUCCACCCCAAUCCGGUGGCGGAACUCCCCAGCGAUCCAUGUCGAUAUCCGAACGUGCACCAUCCAUUGAAUCUCCGCAAGUCGAAUGGGCCAUCAAGGGGCCGGCAAAACUCAAAUACACCCAACUCUUCAACACAACGGAUCGCAACCGAAGUGGUCACCUCACCGGGCCGCAAGCACGUAACAUCAUGGUCCAGACCAAGCUUCCCCAGGCGACAUUGGCACAGAUUUGGGCCCUGGCUGAUAUGGAUUCCGAUGGUCGUCUGGGUUGCGAAGAGUUUGUUCUGGCCAUGUAUCUGUGCGAUCUUGCGCUGCAGGGAGAAAAGAUACCGACCACUUUGCCACCGGAGAUGAUUCCGCCUUCCUUCCGUAAGACCACUUCCCGGCAUGGCUCGGUCGUUGGCUCGCGGCACGGUUCAGUUUCGUCGCAGGGGGCACCGGUCCAUCCGGCUAUAGUGGAUGCCGAUCCACUAUCCGGGUUGCCACAGUCUUCCUUUGAGGACAAACGCAAAGAAAACUUUGACAAAGGACAGGCAGAGCUCGAUAGAAGGCGGAAGGCUUUGAUGGACAUCCAGAAAAAGGAGCAGGAGGAGCGCGAUCGAAAGGAACGCGAAGAACAGGAAAAGAUACGAAAGGCAAAAAUGGAAGCCGAGCUCAAGAAGCAACAGGAACUUGAGAAAGAACUGCAACGUCAGCGGGAGCUCGAACAGGAGCGUGAAGAGCAACGAAAACGAGAACUGGAGAAGAAAGAGUUGGCUAGAAAAGAGCUCGAAAAGCAACGUCAACUUGAGUGGGAGACUCAAAAGAUUUCGGAAAUGCAGUUGCAGCGUCAACGCGAGCAAGAGAACGUAUUGAAGUUGAAAGCACAAAAUCAAUCCUUGAGCGUGGAGCUGAGUACCUUCAACGAAAAGAUCAAAGAAUUGUCUCAGAAAAUAUGUGACACUCGUGUGGGUGUGACCAACGUGAAGAGUACCAUCGACGGUAUGCGCACUACCCGAGACACUCAGAUGAGUGAAAUGGCUCAGCUGAAGGCCAAGGUCAAGGAUCAAAAUCAACGGUUGGUACAGCUUAGCCAGGAGAAGGCCAAGCUGGAUGCAAAGAACAAGACUGGCGAAACGGAAAGUCAGUUGCAAUUCUCGAACAAACAGAUAAUAAUCCAGCAGCUGAAGGAUAAACUAGAAAAUACUAAGCAACAAAUUGAGAACAAGACAACGGACAUAGAUAUCAACAGUAAACAAUUGACGGAACUGAAAUCUCAACUAACCGAUUUGAUUGAUUCGUGCGAAAAACUGUACAUGGAAUACGACAUGCAAAGGAUUCAGAUUUUGGAGAUGAAGAACAACCGCAAGAACGAAUCGUACACUAGCGCUUGGGAUACGGCCAACUCGUGGCCAGUGCACGACACCAGUGCAGCAGCCGUUGUGGAAACGGUGGUCCCGAGUGAGGAUAUCAAGACGCCCCCGGGCUACGUUAAGUAUCGUGCCAUUUAUGAGUUCAGUGCGCGCAACGCGGACGAGAUUACAUUCCAGCCUGGUGAUAUUGUGAUGGUACCACUGGAGCAGAACGCCGAGCCGGGAUGGCUAGCGGGAGAAAUUCAUGGCCACACCGGAUGGUUCCCAGAAACGUACGUGGAGAAAGUCGAUAGCAAUCUGAACACUGUAGUAGCGCCUGAGCCGGAAGCUAUCGCCUACACGGAACCGGCCGCAAUUACCUAUACUGCCCCCGCCGAGAGCAAUGAAGUACAAGGUACAUCAUUAGAAGAGACAAGAAUAGCUAGUACCGAAAAUAACACGAGUCAUAAUAAUAAUGUUGUUGAUGAACAAUUUACAGCGACUUACAAUGGUGACGUUGAGUACUAUGUGGCUUGUUACGCGUAUCAGUCGGCCGAAAUUGGCGAUCUGGUGUUUGACGCGGGGGAAAUUGUGGCUGUCACCAAAAAAGACGGCGACUGGUGGACUGGUAACAUUGGCAAUCGCACUGGAAUCUUUCCUUCCAAUUAUGUACAAAAGCAGGAAACUGUAAGUACUGGCCUAGAGACCGGUAGUGAGCCUAGUGUUGUAGAACCUGAAAAACAAGAAAUCAUCAACGGCAAUCAACAGCAGCAGAUAACCCAACAGGAAACGGAAGUGAAUCGCAAACAAUCGACACAGGAUGCAGAGGAAGCUCGAAAUCAGGCCGAAGCCGACUCGGAAGUAUCGCAAAUCAAUACUCAACCUCCGCCGGCACCCGCAGCCAACGAAGAGAACAUCCGCUACUCAUCGAUGUCGUCGGCCACACCCAGUCUGCGGAAAAAGGGCGAAGUCGCACAAGUAAUUGCACCGUACGAGGCUACUAGUUCGGAACAGCUGUCGCUGACGCGCGGUCAGCUUAUCAUGAUUAGGAAGAAGACUGACUCUGGCUGGUGGGAAGGAGAAUUGCAGGCAAAAGGACGACGACGACAGAUCGGUUGGUUCCCGGCGACUUACGUGAAGAUUCUACAGGGUGGACGCAAUAGUGGUCGAAACACACCGGUGUCUGCUAGUAAAGUGGAGCUAACGGAAACGAUUCUCGAUAAAGUUAUAGCACUGUACCCGUACAAAGCGUUGAACGAUGAUGAGCUCUCGUUCGAGAAGGACGACAUCAUUAGCGUGCUGGGACGAGACGAACCCGAAUGGUGGCGCGGCGAACUGAACGGCACAACGGGACUCUUCCCCAGCAAUUACGUUGGUCCAUUUGUGACGUCAGGUAACGUAUAACGAGAAUCGAGGAUAUCUACCGUAUCGUAUGGGUUGAGAAGCAUUUGCCGCAGCAUCCCCGCAGGAGAGGACUGCAUCAAUAAUAAUGAUAACUCCUACAAUAGCGACAGCAACAAUAAUCAGCCGAUGUUAUUGAAUAAAGUGUGGUCACGAAAUUGAGAAAACAGUAAUACAGAUCAUAAAAGUAUGUAUAUGUAUGUGUAUUAUUAUCACCCACGAAAAUAGCAUGUAUCUAAUACAGAAAUUCUACACCCUUGGCCAGAUGUUUCUUAAAGCUCGGAGAUACGGCGCGGUAUCAUUGUAACCCAAACACGCUAUCUGUAGCAAAAUAUAUUGAAAGCAACCAUUGUCUUCUAUUACUGAUUGGUUUACGCAGGUAAAUUUCACUGGAUAUCUGUUAUGCUUCGUAUAAUCGACGAAAUUCGUGGUGGAAGAACGACCAAAGGGUUGCUUUUGAUAAUCUGUAACGAUCUCUAUCUAUUAGCUAUCAUAUCGACUGCAAGCGUACUGAUAACUCACUUGUUCAUUGUUACUCUUGAAAUGUUAUGUAUUUAUUAUGGAAGAAGUGUAGCUCGUUUCAAAUCGUAUCUAUAUUUAAGCAAAAUCAUUAGAAGACCACUUUGACUAUGUUCAAACAUGUUGAAAAGCAACCAAACGUUGGAAAAAAUUCAUCAAUCGAUCGAUAGCAUCAUGCACUCAAACAAGUAAAAUGAUCAAUCAGUUUCACUGAAGCUUACUGUUCUCCAACGGAAGAUCAUCAAUCAUCAUCAUUAUUAUUAGUGCGAUAAGUGUUUGGUAGCUUCAAAUUUUAUUGAUGUUAUGUUCCCUAAAAUCACAAGAAUCUCUAUCGUAUCCAUUCGUAAAAAGCUGAUGUAUGAUUACGCUCAAAUCCUGUACAGAUUAAGUCAUUUUUGUUGCUUCUAAUGCGAUCGAUUUAUAACUGUGUUUACUUUGCAAAAUUUUACUUUUUUUUACUGUCAAAUUACAACACUUAAGUACAAAACAAAUAUUGAUUUUAUAAAUCUAACAAUAAACUAUACAAUUCAAAGCUGAUGCCACCGCAAAACAAGGAAAAGUGCUCUAUCGGAGUAGUUUUUAGGGUAUUACUGAUUAUUACGUUAAUGUGUGAACAUAUAUUAGAGGCAUAUAAAUUAAAAGAAACAAAAAUACUACAUUCCAUAUGUGAGUUCUAGAAAGCUUAAAAACAUGAGGAAGCAGCAUAUUAACGCUACCAACAAUAAGUCAAGUUGUAUUCCGGACACGAAUCAAUUACGGUGACAUGUAAAAACUAACGUACAGGAAAAGCUAUGUUUAUCGAUAUCGAAAUGAGAUAAUAAUGGAAAUAAAAUCAAGUUAAUUCUCCACAGCA